AUGAGCGACGACGAACCCCAGCUCGUGCGACCGAUUCCCCGUCGACCAUUCAACCUAAAUCUCACGAGUGCGACACCCCCCGACGAUGACCUUGCUGAUGACGAUGAGCCUUCUCAGGCUAGCUUUGGUUCCUGCCUUGAUUUUUCAAGCCCAAGAUUCUUGCACCCAAGCUUUGACCGGUCCGACUCUACAGCAUCACUCAGCCGCCCGCAGUCCUUCAUGAAUUUGACUUCGUCGACCUUGAUGGGAAUAUAUUCCGAGGCAGCGUCCAGCAGUAGAGAUCGCUUCUUCAAUGGCUACGACGAACCAGAUACGCCUUGGGGAACUGGUGCACGCACUCCUAUCAGACGUCCCAGCAUCAACGAAGCGACUUACGAGCUGAUGCGCGAUCGCUCCCACGUUCCCAGGCGAAUAUCUUCUUUUGGGCCCUAUGCGCGGGUUGAGCAGGCCGUAUCCCAUUCCGCUCUUGGCUCCGUUACGUCCCUCACACUCCGUGGCACUUUGUUGUUCUUACUCGGCUUAGGCUACGGCGCCCUCGUCACGCGUCUUCACAACGAGCAGAACCAAUUGCCCCAGAUGCCUGACGACAGCAUUUUAAAACCCGGGAAUAACUGGAAAUACCUCGCCUUUUGGGGUGUAGCUGGCAUUGGGUUGGGCUCAUUACUACCAUGGUUCGACAAGCUGUGGGAGGACACCUUUGGCAACGAAGAGGACGACAAUGUUGCUGACAAGGGAGCUAGCCCGGGGACGGACUGGGCUUUGGUAAUGCGAGCUAUUGGCGCAUUUGUUGGCAUCAUUUUUGCCAUUGUGAGUCCAAAAUCCAACAUUGGCGUCUCGAUACCAAAAUGCGCAACUGACAAAUCCUUCCAGCGCAAGCUAGCAUGGGUAUCUACCCUUCAAGUGUCAGCGACAUUGGCAUUGGUUAACCCCCUGUUAUGGUGGCUCAUAGAUCGCAGCAAGCCUGGGUUCGUGCUGUCUGCUGCAGUUGGCUUGACCGGUUCGAUUCUCCUUCUCGGCGUUGACCCUGAGAUAAUGCCUGCGCCAUCGGGACUGCCUACUCGUAAUUCUUCAAAUGCCUUUCAUAGCGAUCCUCUUGCAUUAGGUGGCUUAGCCACGCAAGAAACGGUUGAAACGGGGGUGUGGAUGCUCAGCGUGCUGUUUUGCAGCUGCCUCUGCUUUGGCAAUAUUGGUCGCAGACUGACGUGGAACAGAUCGACCGGAAGAUGGGGCGGAGUCCGAUAG